AUGAUUAUGUGCAAACUUUCACUGUUUGCACUAUACUUUAGAGAAAGUAUAAAUAGUUACCAAUAUCGACUUUUCAUUCAUCAAAUUACAAAUUUACAAUUAUCAUUUAAAACAAACAAAUAUAAUAACCCAAUAUCUACAAAUAUGUUCAAAUAUACUUCAACCUUCCUUUUAGUCUUGCUCUUGGUUGCUUUUACCAAUGCUCAAUAUGAUAGCAGCACCUGGACCUUCACUUUCGGUACUUUGACCACCCCUGUUAAUGUCAGAGUCGAGAGAUCUCUCAGCCAUGUAGCCCUCCAAACUAGUAGCAUUAGAUUCGGUCCACUCGGUGGAACUUCCUCAAUUUGGAUCAAUGACGCCAUCAAGAGUACUACUACCCUCCCAAAUCCAGCAUUCAACCCAGUUGAUUAUGUAAUGGGAUUCUCAACCGUCCAAAUCUUUGCUAACGGAUCUGCCUGUUUCCCAAAGAUUUACCAAGUCAGAGCUGUCAUCUCCUUCGGAAUUAUCCACCUCCAGAACAUUGAUGGUACUCCAUUUAACAUUCAAAUGACACCAACUACCAUUGUCCAAGUCGAUAACAUCAGUUUCAACUGGAUUGUUUAA